UCAAGCAGCUCCCCACUCUCAAUGGCCUCCUCCGCUCGACCCCCUCCAGACCGGGGCCGAAACUGGACGGAACUGCCGGAGGACGUCACGGCUUCAAUACUCUCUCGGCUCGGAGCCAUCGAAAUCCUGACGAGCGCUCAGAUGGUGUGCGCGACGUGGAACAACAUUUGCAAGGACCCGCUGAUGUGGUGCACCAUCGACCUGCGCGAUCUUGAUCACCAGAAACACAUUCAUUACGACUUGGAGAAGAUGUGCCGCCACGCCGUUGACCGCAGCUCUGGAAAUCUGGUCUGUAUCAGUGUCGAAGAUUUCAGCUCCGAUGAGCUUCUCACGUACAUCACCAACUGUUCAAGUGGAAUCAAACGUCUCCGACUUGUCCGUUGCGAUGGCAUAACGAAUGAGGGACUGGCUAAAGUGGCUUCUAAACUUCCACUCUUGGAGGACCUUGAAAUUUCGUAUUGUGCAUUCUCACAUGAACCUCUAGAAGUUGUAGGGUCUUCUUGCCCUCUUUUGAAAUCAUUCAAAUUUAACAACCGGUGGUACAGAUGGUCAGAUGAAGAGUGUGACGACGAUGCACUUGCUAUAGCAGGAACGAUGCAUGAUUUACGCCACCUCCAGCUUUUUGGGAAUAAGCUGACGAACGAUGGCUUGCUGGCCAUUCUUGACCAUUGUCCUCAGCUCGAGUUGCUUGAUCUUCGGCAGUGCUUCAAUCUUAAGCUGGGAGGAAAGUUGAGAAGAAGAUGUGCUGAACAAGUGAAAAAAUUGUGGUUUCCUGAUGAUUCCACCCUUGACUAUGAAUUUGAUUCUGCAAUUGAUUACCAUGAAGACAACCCAUUUGGGUAUUCGGAUAUAGAUUUGAUGUCUGAUGAUGAUAAGGAUUAUGACUUCGGUAACCGAAAAGUAGAAGAUGAUGAGGAGUAUGACUUCAACUAUGGGAGUGGUUCUGAUGACUGCCGUGAGGUUGAGGAUAAUGAUGUUUAUCCAUGGAUUGUCUGACUUUUGAUGCAUUGAAGACCUUGUAUCUGAUGAAAUCGGUGCAUCCAGUGCUCUCAAAGCAAAAAGCUUUUAUACAUCUACGGGAUUUGGAAUUUCUUUGCAGAAUGCCCAGUUCUGUACAGAAUACGCAGUUUUUUAUGCGUUA